AGCAGACCGGAAGUGCUGGUCUCCGUUGGAAACGAGGCUUGGGGAGGUUGUUGAUCCCAGGCAAGAAUGGGCCGUAGAAAGUCUAAGCGGAAACCUCCACCCAAGAAGAAGAUGACUGGAACACUUGAGACCCAGUUUACCUGCCCUUUCUGUAACCACGAGAAAUCGUGUGAUGUUAAAAUGGAUAGAGCUCGGAAUACUGGUGUGAUAUCCUGUACUGUCUGUCUGGAAGAAUUUCAGACCCCUAUAACAUAUCUUUCGGAACCGGUGGACGUUUACAGUGAUUGGAUAGAUGCAUGUGAAGCAGCCAAUCAGUAGCAGCAACUGGGAAGGAACCUACCAAGAGUUCAACAAGACUGGGGUGGGCUGGGGGAUGUCUGUAACGUAAUGCAUUGUUACAUAAUGCGUUGAAGAUACAACUGGAGUGGCUGGGAAAUGGUGGCUCUUGUGCUCUUUGUUUCUAUCCAGUAAUUCUGUCCCUUUACACGAAUAUUAGGAAUUGUUCCCCUGGAGCUGAGGGACUCAAGACUGUCAACAGGACCUACAAGAGUGGGAAAGGCCAGCCGUUUUGUGACCAGCCUGGCUAUUGGGAAUCUUGUUAUAUAAGGCUGCCUAGUGUGCAGCCCAUCUGGUGCCGCUCCUGCUCCGCCCCUGUUCCUUCCAGUUGGGCCUCUACGGAAGGGGCUUCCAUGCUUGCUCCUUUGCAGCUCGGUGUUCAGUGACAGGCCUUGGAAAUGCUCUGCCUCUUGUGGCCAUGGUUAAACUGCAACGCUUAGCAGGCAAGAAUACGCAGACUGUAAGAAAUAACCCUCUCCGGGUCCCACACAAUAUGCUUUUUAUUUUUUGUUUAACGUUGGCAGGAGUAGUAGAUUUGGGCAUUGAGGCAACUUUCCUCUGGGCAGACUGUCCCCAGUUAGGUAGGGAGGCAGCAUUUUGUCUUUGAAGAACAUUUUACAGCCUUUUCCCUGCUGUCUCCCCCACCUGCCCACCCUCCGCCACAUCCAUUUAGGCACAGGACUCCUCUAUCCCUUCUAGGUACUUUGAAAUAGGCAAAUGUUAUUCCUGCCCUGUAGUUCAAUGUGCAGGAACCUGACAUUGGCCUUGCAUUAAUGUGAUAUAGGGGGAAAACAAACUUCACAGGUCCCCUUGCUUUUACUAUUUUAAAUGGGAACUCUGUCUCCCAUGAAGAAAGUGUUGCUUAAUUAUAAAUUCCCUAUUCAAAAGCCAGUUUAGUCGCUAGUGGUGAUAGCUGUGUUUCUGAGCCUAGGCAUGUGAUUUUGAGGAUUUUUUAUUAUGGCGUAGUAACUUUAGAUCCGAGGAACAAGUCAGCCUGCAUUGCUGAGAAAUUGUGCCAUCCUCUAAUAAAUAGAUGCUGGGGCCAUGCACAUAGGUAGAAUUGAAUGGUAUAUUGUAAAAUAACCCUUUCUAUGAGUGUUAUACUUCUAACUUUUUUUUUUUUUUACUUUCCUGAACUUAUUUCCAGAUGUGCAAUGAGUGUGCACUCUGCUUGCCAGGAACAGUUUACUAAGUUGCCAAUUUGGCUUUAUUUUUCUUAUUAGUCUUAGUUUUCCUUUAUUGCCCCUGAAUAAAACGAUCCCAGCAACUGCUUCAAGUUUCUUUAGAGUGAAUGGUAAGCUGCAUAUCCCUCUACUUGGAGGUUUUGAUUCUGAAUCUGGCUAUUAAGGAAGGCGAAUAUUUUGGCCUGUUCUUCGUUUACCUUCCUCAGUGCUGUGUGGUAUUGAUUCAGGAGGCCUUUGAGAAACAUCUUGAUAUAUAGUCCCAAAAUCAGCAGCUGCUGCCCUAUCACAUCCCAUGUCUUUAAGAUCUAAGCCAAAAUGAAUCUGUUGGAAUGCCUGCAUCCUUGAAUGUAAAUAACAUCCGAGGAAGCAAAAUUCCACUUCCUGUUGCUAAUGUAUUUGAGGAGUCUCUGCUAGUGAUUCGCAGCGAUUAACAUCCCUUUUAAAUAAAUGCCGUAUUGGAAAA